AUGACAACAUCCCAGGAAUUAUUAUUUACAAUUGUUAAUUGGACAUCAUCAUCUGCUCCUUCGGAUCGACAACUCAAAUUUCAACAUCUUCUUAAUAUCAUCUCAGAUGAUACAAUUGUGCCCCUAGUAUCAGCUGAUCAACUUCUCAAUGUUAUCCAAACACAACCAUCUACUGAUUGGAGUGGUACACUACUCUCUUUAGUAACUUAUCAAAUUGACAAUAAUUUUAAAUUUACCGAUGAAUGGUUAAAACCAUAUAUAUCGCUAGCGCCAAUUAGUCCUAUUUCAAGUAAUAGUAACCUCAGAAAUACCACUACAGAAACUGAACGAACAAGAAUACGAACCGAUACAGAAACAUUCUUACAACAAAAAAAAUCAGAUCUCCUACGAAUUUCAUUGCAAACCAUAGAUUCAAUACCGUUUCAUAAUUUUCAUUAUUCACCAGAGUCAGAACCAUUAGAAGAAUAUCAAUCGAUUUUGAAUGAGAAUUUAAAAGAAUUAACAUAUCUCAAAUGGCCCGCAAGUGAUAUUGCAUCAAUAAAAAGUGUGAUUUUAAAUCCUCAUAAUUUUAACAAUCUCGACAUUCUCAAAACAUCGAUUCUUCUGGUUGAAACAAUUGUUACCAAUCGGUUGUCUGAAUCAAAUACAGUUAAACGAAUUCUUAAAUGUUCAGGUAAAAUUCUACAAUCUUUACUCGAAGAAUUGAUCAAUCUAAAUCCAAAUCUAACAAAUCCUUCUGAUUUAAAACGUAUGUUUCAAAUAGUUAUGAAUUAUUAUACAAACAACGUUUGUCGAUGGACAGUUCAUGAUAUCAAAAAAUGGUCACGAACAUAUUCUUCAACAAACAGCCAUCCUUUUUCAUCCGAUGCUGAUUUUUAUAAAAUGGCAAUCAUCGUACGAGCUGCAUGUCUUCAUAAACAAUAUUUACCACGUGAUAUACAAAUCUUAUCUGUUAUUCUCAUGUUAACACAUAAUACAUCAGGUGGGCGAAUUGGGCAAAUUAAAACUGGGGAAGGUAAAUCAAUUAUUGUUUGUAUGUUAGCUGCAUAUUUAGCUGUUGGUAAACAAGGUAAAAAAGUAGAUAUAAUAACUACAUCUGAAGUUUUAGCAAUACGUAAUACAGAAGAAUUUAAAGAUUUCUAUGAUAUGUUUAAUCUUACAUGUACACAUAAUUGCCGGGAUGGUGAAAAAAAUGAUCAAACAAAUUAUUCAUUAGAUAUUGUUUAUGGUACAGUCAAUCAUUUUGCUGGUGAUCUUUUAAGAACAGAAUUUUAUUUACAAAAUGUACGUCAAAAUUGA